AUGGAACAAAAAUUUAGUUUACUUUUAUUUAUUAAAAUUUGUACCUCUAUUAUUUUAAGUUGGAUAUGUAAUUUUUACCAUGCUAUGAGUACGUUUAAUAAAUAUAUGGAUGUAAUCUACAAUAUACGAGAACACAAAAAUACAAGAACUUAUCGAUUACUAGCAGAAUGUAAACAGGAUCAUGUUUCACAUAUUACAGGUUUAAAACAACUUAUACCAAAUAACAAAUAUAUGGAAAAUAAAAAAAUAUGUUAUAACGAAAAAAAAAACAAAAGAAAAUAUGAAAAAUUAGAUGAAAGUUCACUAAUUAACGCAGGAUAUCAUAAUCAAUCUAAGAAAAAUAAGUUAUAUAUAUUUGAAACAAAAACAUAUUCUCAUCUUGAAAAAAAAAUAUUCAAAGAACUAGAUUAUUUGGAUUUUCUUAAAGACAACAAGACAAUUAGUGACAGAGUCUACAAAAAAACUAUAUUUGAAAAACACAAAUUACGAGUUUUUAUACCUGUGACAUUGCUUUUGUUGUUUUCAACAUAUUUUAUAUUAGAUUUAUUCUUUAAUUGUGGACUUAAAAGCGCAUUGUUUAAAUUAUUGAAACAUUUCUUAGGUAGAGCACCGCUGGAUCAUUUAUACACUUAUUUGAAAAAUAAUGUAGGUUCAUUUUUCAGUAUUACAAUAAAUGAAGGAAUUAAGGCUAAAGUUUUACAUAUAACACCGUUUUUUUAUUUUGUAAUAUACUUUACAUUAUUCUUCAUAUUGGGUAUAACAUUAAUAUUAGGAGUUAUUUAUUACCAUAAGAAAGUUAAAAAAUAUCAAAAAAUUAAAUACCAAAAAAGAUAA